AUGGCGCUGAAACGCAUUAAUAAGGAACUUAGUGAUUUGGCCUGUGACCCUCCAGCACAAUGUUCUGCAGGUCCAGUUGGGGAUGAUAUGUUUCACUGGCAAGCCACAAUUAUGGGACCUAAUGACAGCCCAUAUCAAGGCGGUGUAUUCUUUUUGACAAUUCAUUUUCCUACAGACUACCCCUUCAAACCACCUAAGGUUGCAUUUACAACAAGAAUUUAUCAUCCAAAUAUUAACAGUAAUGGCAGCAUUUGUAUCGAUAUUCUAAGAUCACAGUGGCCUCCUGCUUUAACUAUUUCUAAAGUUCUUUUAUCCAUUUGUUCACUGCUAUGUGAUCCAAACCCAGAUGAUCCCCUAGUGCCAGAGAUUGCAUGGAUCUAUAAAACAGACAGAGAUAAGUACAACAGAAUAUCUCGGGAAUGGACUCAGAAAUAUGCCAUGUGA